CAUGUCAUUAAUAUCAAACUUCCUCCGUCGCUACAGUGUUGUUAUAUUCUUUCCGUCACUGACGAUCGGCAGCAUCGCGGCAGAUUACUCCUACACUAGAAGGUGGAAAAAGCAAUCGGCGGAAGAUAAACAGUGAAAUCCAUAGAAAAUGUUUGGACUCACAAGGCAAUACUUGCUGAUGUUGAUUCCUUUGAGCGGCUUCGCUUUCGGUUGGUUUUUGGACAACAAGGAAACCGAACGAAUGACGAUGUUCAGGGAUAAAAGUGCUUUGUAUGGCAGAGUAUUGAAGGAAGGUGAGCAGCCAUCCUGGCCGUAGUGAUCGAUUGUAUAGGAAUAAAGGGUUGUAGAAACUUG